UAUAAAUUGAUAAGAAUGUUGGCCUCGCAGUGCCUCGGCAGAUGAAAAUUAGGGUUUGCUGCAAGUAAUAUCCGAUAGCGCCGCAGCUCAGUCCCGGUUACUAGUUCACUCAAAUCUUGCCCAGCAUGGCGACUCAGGUUCAGAUGAGCAAGAAACGAAAGUUCGUCGCCGACGGAGUUUUCUUUGCUGAACUGAAUGAGGUUCUGACCAGAGAGCUCGCCGAGGAUGGUUACUCCGGUGUCGAAGUGAGGGUCACCCCCGUCCGCACUGAGAUCAUCAUUAGAGCCACUCGCACCCAGAAUGUUCUCGGUGAGAAGGGGAGGAGGAUUAGAGAGCUAACCUCUGUAGUACAGAAGAGGUUCAAGUUUCCCGAGGGAAGUGUAGAGCUUUAUGCCGAGAAGGUUAACAAUAGGGGACUUUGUGCCAUUGCGCAGGCCGAGUCCCUCCGGUACAAACUCCUUGGAGGGCUUGCCGUUCGCAGGGCAUGCUAUGGUGUUUUGAGAUUUGUCAUGGAGAGUGGCGCAAAAGGAUGUGAGGUUAUUGUAAGUGGAAAGCUCAGGGCACAACGUGCCAAGUCGAUGAAGUUUAAGGAUGGCUAUAUGAUAUCCUCCGGUCAACCUGUUAAUGAGUACAUUGACUCCGCUGUUAGGCACGUUCUUCUUAGACAGGGUGUGCUCGGUAUUAAGGUGAAGAUCAUGCUUGACUGGGAUCCCAAGGGGAAGCAGGGACCAAUGACCCCUCUCCCUGAUUUGGUGACCAUCCAUACUCCCAAGGAAGAACUCUAUACUCCAGCUCCUCCAGCGGCAGCAAUCAACAUAGAUGCACUUCCAUCUCCUGUUGCCAUUCCUGUUCCUGUUCCAGUAGUUUAAUCUGAAUUAGGUUGUUCUCACCUUUAUGUAGCAUCUUUGCAGCAGUUUUUUGUUUCAAUGAUGAGAGGAAACUUAAUGUUUCAUAUGGUUUGCAUA